CCACUCUCUGCCGCUGACUCAAGAACAAGCGAUGGACGCUGACAGAGCUGAUGGAGGAGGACGCCCAGAGGUGGUGGAUGAGUUUGCAUGUGCGGGGAUGCUGCGGGGAUCUCUCACAUCGCUGCACGGCACCGUGGAGCGGAUAUUCAGGGUGACGCUUGGGAUCGGGGCAGACGAUUUGCCCCACAGCAACAACGGGCAGAUUUGGCUGAAACUACGAGGGCCGAGAAACAACGUGAAAGCUGCCAAAUUGUUCGUGAAAGGAGUCGUGAACCAGGAGGAGCAGCAGGAGGUCUCCUACCCCGGGGUCCUUCACUGUGUCUUCUGUGGAGCCAGAGGGCUGUUCAUGGACUGCCUGAUAAAAAGCACCUCCGCACACAUCGUGGUCGGCGCUCCAGGAUUCCUGCUCAUAUCAGGUCUGGCGGAACCGGUGGUGCGAGCGUACUCCCUCAUCAUGGACCUCGUGGAGAGAUAUGAGGGGACACAGUCCAGACGCUCUGAGACUGAGGACAGAGGCUCAGACGAGUCCCUGGAUUCACGCCGGGCCUUCAAAGCUGUGGUUGAGCAGUGGGAGGACAGGCACAUCCUGGACCUUCUGGUGCUUCCAGGGUCCGUGAAGGAAAUCCUGCUGGAUCUGGUUCAAGAAUCUGGGCUCGGAUCAGGGCCGGAAGGAAACCAGGAUGGACGGGACAGACCCUCUGACAUUGCGUACGCUCUCCUCGAGCCCUCCAACACUACUGAGCGGCUGGUCGAAGGGAUGAGUGCAGUAGUUGACGCUGCCUCUAAAGACUCCACAUCUGCAGGCACCCGGGGAAGAGCAGAGGGUAGGGAGGAGAGACCAGCGCACUCUCCGCAGGAGGUAGGAGAAGAGGAGGAGCCGGAGCAGGGGGAAACGUUAAGGACCAGAGAGACUGACAGUCUGGGGGGGGAGGACCAACAGGAGCGACAGUUCUCAAUGGGAAACAAAGAGUUUUGGCUUCUUUUGAAGUUCUUCACAGCCAUGGGGUACACGGAGGACGUCGUCAAACGAGUGCUUGCCCGAACGGGACCUAAGGAGGCCUCACAGAUACUGGACUUGGUGCAACAGGAGCAGGAUCGAAGCGACCGGGAGCAGAUGCCUGAAGGUGGCCCGGGUCCAAAACAUACAGAUGGUGUUGCCCUGAAUGAGAGCGAGAGGAACCGACCCUGCGAGUCAGAGCACAGGGAAGACGAGGAAACAGCAGCAGGGCGAGAUCCGGUGAUGAGCAGCGGCGGAGAAGCGAGUGGGGCGGCAGGAGGCACAACGCACUCUGAGGGACGUGGCUCAGAGGGAAAGGAGGAAGGACACGAGGAAGACUUUGUCCUCGGAGUGUUGAAGAAAGCUGCAGCCAGCUGUGGAUACACGGAGCAGAACGUGGCCAGAUUCUACAACAUGUUGCCUGAUCGCUCCACCCACCAGCUCCUCCUGGAGCUGCAGAGGGAGGGAGUCAGAGAGACGGACGUCUUCGGCGAGGGUCCGAGGGAGAUGGACGAUGUGGUGCUGGAGAAAGAGGACGAAGGAUCAGAUGAUGGAGGAUGGGUGGAAGUGUCAAACCCCUCAAAGAGUAAAACUGCGCCUGUGGCAGAAUUAGAUUUGUUUCCUUGGAUUAACAAACCGCAGCAGCCUGCAGAGUCACACACUCAGCGCCCGGUCAUCCUGCCUGAAGUCAAAGGUCCACCCAUGUCCACUUAUCCCUCAGAUCCUCCACUCGCCAAUUUACAAACCAACAAACACUUUGACCAAACCAUCUUCUGGCCUCAUGCCUCCGCCUCAAAACCAAAUCAUUCAGCUCACAGCAAAGUCUUACAUCCAAAGCCCAAGUCCUCCAACUCUGUGAAACAAGCCCCUCAAGCCCCUCAGUCCUCCGUCUUCACCAGGGACGACUUGUCUCAGCCCGGAGCGAGGCAGAGGCGGGGCUUCGCGCCUGCUUCUUCAGUGGUGGUGACGGGCGAGCAGCGUUUUCUAGAGGGACUGCAGACGCUGUUUGACCUCCAGCUCACAGACCAGCCCGGAGACGCAAAACUGAGGACGAUCAUCAUCGACGGGAGCAACGUGGCGAUGAGGUGA